AACUUGAAUGUUUCUGACGGGGAAAAGCAGCAGCGCGGAGUAGACGCACAUCAGACUGAGCUGGCGUUAAGUUAUCGCGGCAAACUUUCUUUUAAGUCACGUUUGCCUGUUUUUAUUUUACUUUUUCAACAAGAAGACAGCUGCGAUCAGUCUUUGUUUAAUGCAUAAUCCUUUGUAAAUAAUGCUGACAGGAGACGCGGCGGUUAUGCCUGGUGUUGCUGAAUUGGACUGCUGAAAGUUUCUGAUCACCUGAGUGAUUUCACUUCUUCCUCAUCGGGACUUUUUUUUUUCUUUUCUUUUUCUUUCUUUUUCUUGGUGGCCCAGCGUCGACUGUAUGCUAUUUAUUACUUGAGUGGGAGUUUGUGUGCUGUCGCUCCGAUGAAAACUGACCCCUGAGAAGUAGCCGAAUCACCUGUUAUCGCCUCAAAUCGCUUGUUUGUUUUGGGACCUGCAAAACAGGUGCUGCAUGUUUGCGUGUGUUCACCAGCUCUAAUGGUAGCAGCUAGAAAACCUCACCUGUGAGAGGAUCGAACCGCCUCACCAUGACAGAGGUCCAGAUUCCAUGGCCGCAGGGCACAGAGUGCGUGGCCAGGUACAACUUCAAAGGGACAUCGGAGCAGGACCUGCCCUUUAACAAAGGAGAUGUGCUGACUAUCAUUGUUGUGACAAAGGAUCCAAACUGGUACAAAGCUAAAAAUGCUUCAGGACGGGAGGGAACUAUUCCGGCCAACUAUGUUCAGAAGAGGGAAGGUGUAAAAACUGGAGGCAAGCUGAGUCUAAUGCCAUGGUUUCAUGGGAAGAUAACUCGGGAUCAGGCAGAGCGCUUGCUAAACCCCCCUGAAACAGGCCUCUUCUUGGUGCGAGAGAGCACCAACUUCCCUGGCGACUACACGCUAUGUGUGAGCUGCGACGGCAAGGUGGAGCACUACCGCAUCAUCUACAAAAACGGCAAGCUCACUAUUGACGAGGAGGUCUUCUUUGAAAACCUCAUGCAGCUGGUAGAGCACUACACCAAAGACGCCGAUGGCUUGUGCACCAGCCUAAUCAAGCCCAAGCUGGAGGAGGGGACGGUGGCCGCUCAGGAUGAGUUUUCCAAGGGUGGCUGGUCGAUGAACAGAAGGGACCUGACGCUGCAGCAGGUUAUUGGAAAAGGGGAAUUUGGAGAUGUCAUGGUGGGAGACUACAGAGGGACUAAAGUAGCCGUGAAGUGCAUAAAAAAUGAUGCUACAGCACAGGCCUUUAUUGCAGAGGCUUCUGUCAUGACGCAACUACGGCACGACAACCUGGUCCAGCUGCUUGGAGUGAUCGUGGAGGAGAACGGGAGUCUGUUUAUAGUUACUGAGUAUAUGGCCAAGGGCUGUUUGGUUGACUACUUACGUUCCAGGGGCCGGACAGUUCUUGGUGGAGAUGCUCUUCUAAAUUUUUCAUUACAUGUCUGUGAAGCCAUGGAGUAUCUGGAGACCAAUAACUUUGUGCACCGAGACUUAGCAGCUCGCAAUGUUCUUGUGUCAGAUGACAACAUUGCCAAAGUCAGUGACUUUGGUUUGACCAAGGAGGCCUCUUCCACUCAGGAUACGGCUAAGCUGCCUGUGAAGUGGACGGCACCAGAAGCUCUCAGAGAAAAGAAAUUUUCCACCAAGUCCGAUGUUUGGAGCUAUGGUAUCCUGCUUUGGGAGAUUUACUCUUUUGGCCGUGUUCCUUACCCAAGAAUUCCAUUAAAAGACGUGGUGCCACGAGUAGAGAAGGGCUACAAAAUGGACUGUCCAGAUGGAUGUCCCGAAGUCGUGUAUAACAUCAUGAAACAAUGCUGGAACCUUGAUCCUGCUGCUCGACCAAGCUUUCAAAUGCUGAAGGAGUGGCUACAGCAUAUCACCCAGGGCAUGGGACGAAAACAAUGAGAAAGAUCUGAGAUCUGACACGAGAGCCCUUUUCCUUUUUCUUCAUUUUGACCACGCGGACCAUAUCCCAGGAUUAAAAACGUCAUUUCGAGUACUGUGUUAAUUGGCAUAGCCCACAACAAAAAGUGUCGGAGUUAACCGUAAUGUAAACCAGUCCAAAUGUGUGCUUCAUGUCAGGUGUUUUAAACUGUGGUGACUCUUUUAAUGUUCUGUUGAGAAGGACCAAAAGAUUCAUCAUGUCUUCCUCGUUCUGUCAUCGAGAGUGAAUGAAUAACUGUCACAAAGUCGAGUCUUUCCUUACAACACAGUUCUGCCUCAUGGCCGUAGUGUCUUGACGUGUUUUCGUACCAUUCACGUCCUUUCUGUUGACAUCCAGACCACUGGCAGCCUUCCAUCAUUUAACGAACUUGUGAACAGUAUCUAAGAUAACUAAGUUAACCGGAUUGAGGAUUACAGGUUUUUUACAUUUUCCAGGUACACCUUUUUGCAUGAAUGUUAGAUUAUUUUGUUUAAAGGAAUAAAUUAAAGUAACUAUAAUUGUGCAGCUUAAAUUUCUAUUGUUAUAUAAAACGUUUUAUGCCUAUUUUUUUGAUCUCUCUGUUAGUCAAAAGGGAAGCACCGGUAUGGCUGUGACAUUCCAUUUGUAGGCAGCAUUUUUGUGUUGUGACUUUUUCCAUCUGAUGGCAUAAAAGGUUCAUUAUGCAGAUUUUUGGAUUUAUUCAAACUAGGUGGAGUUUUUGCGUACGACAAAAAUAGAAUGUUAAUGUGCUGCGCUGGCAUUUCCACAAUAAAUAUACAUUUUUAAAAUGUU